CAGUCAGUAUCCAUAUUCCAAUUAGAUUGAAAUGGAUGGAACAGCACUCACACACUCGUCCAGCAAAAUAUUAUAUUCCAUUUCGAUUUUAAUUUCGUUCUUUUUUAAUUUUUUUGUUAUUUCUACUUUGACUUUUUAGUUGUUCGGACGUGUUUUUCCACCACAAUAAAAACUAUACCGAGAGGGACUGGAUUAUGAUAAAAGUGUCUUAUGUUUUUACACACAAUUGUUCGUACUCAUAUGAUUUGAUUCGGAUUUUGCCUCGUCAUUAAUAUAAAAACUCUGUCGAAAAAGUGUUCAAAAUUCCAGUAUACAAAUAUAUAAAAGUUUUGCCAUUUUUUUUCUCUCUUGUGUAUUUGCUGCUGGAUUACAAUAAUGUGUCCACAGAGUGUAGUAUGAAUUGUGUGUUGGUUUUUUUUGUUUGAAUAAUAGUCCAAAGUGUAAAAUUCAUUUCCAUUCGUUGUUGUUGUUUUUUUCAACUGGUCUGUCAAAGUGAUAUGAAUGUGUUUUAAUAGUGCAAUUCAAAUCGUUCAUCAGUCCAUUAUUGAUUUAUACACGUGACAUUUUGAACGUGUCAUUUAAUAUUCGUAUUUCGUAUAAAUACAACAAAAAUAGUGCUGUGGUGGCUGUGAUUAAGGGCAGAAUUAGAAAAUCAAUCCAUUGAGCGAUUUUAAUUGAAUAUUCGGAUACGAAAAUUUAACAGCGAAAUAUAAAUCAGAGAAACGAUAAAAAAUGGAUCAAAAAGAGGAAGACGUUUCCGCCGUUCCCGCAGCAGAGGAACCAUAUUUAGGCACACUAGAUAUAAUUCUACUAGUUGUAUUAUUAGGUGGAGCAGUAUGGUAUCUGUGGAAAAAGCGAAAUCAAAAAGAGGUCCAACCGGAACGAACAUACUCGAUACAACCAACAGCCAUAAACACAAUGCAAAUAUCGGAGAAUUCGUUCAUAAAGAAACUGAAAUCGUCCGGUCGAAGCUUAGUGGUGUUCUAUGGUUCACAAACUGGAACGGCCGAAGAAUUUGCCGGCCGACUGGCCAAGGAAGGUAUUCGGUAUUCGCUGAAAGGCAUGGUCGCCGAUCCAGAAGAAUGUGAUAUGGAGGAACUGUUGCAGUUGAAAACAAUUGAAAAAUCGUUGGCUGUAUUCUGUUUGGCCACAUACGGUGAAGGUGAUCCAACCGAUAAUGCUAUGGAAUUUUGGGAAUGGAUACAGGGCGAUCUGGAUUUGACUGGACUGAACUAUGCGGUUUUCGGAUUGGGCAACAAAACGUACGAACACUACAACAAAGUAGCACUGUUCGUGGACAAACGUCUUGAAGAAUUGGGCGCAACGAGAGUGUUCGAAUGUGGUCUAGGAGAUGAUGAUGCCAACAUCGAAGAUGACUUCAUCACAUGGAAGGAACGUUUAUGGCCAUCGGUCUGCGAUUUCUUCAAUAUCGAAAGUACCGGCGAAGAUGUGCUUAUGCGCCAGUAUCGAUUACUGGAACAAACGGACGUAGCUACCGAUCGAAUUUAUACAGGCGAAGUGGCCCGACUACAUUCGCUGCAAAGUCAACGUCCACCGUAUGAUGCCAAAAAUCCCUACCUGGCUCCAAUCAAAAUCAACCGAGAAUUGCACAAAGGUGGCGGUCGCUCGUGUAUGCACAUCGAAUUCGAUAUUGAGGGAUCGAAAAUUCGUUACGAGGCUGGUGAUCAUGUGGCUAUGUAUCCGGUCAACGAUACCGAAUUGGUGGAAAAACUUGGCAGAUCGUGCAAUGCCGAUUUGGAUACCGUGUUUUCGCUGAUCAACACCGAUCUGGAAAGUAGUAAAAAGCAUCCGUUCCCUUGCCCGACCACAUAUCGUACUGCGUUGACGCAUUACUUGGAAAUCACUGCACUGCCACGUACCCACAUUCUGAAGGAAUUGGUCGAAUAUUGUUCGGAUGAAAAGGACAAAGAGUUCCUCAAGUUGAUUUCGUCAACAUCAGUGGAGGGCAAAGCCCAAUAUCAAACUUGGAUUCAAAAUGCAUCUCGCAACAUUGUGCACAUUUUGGAGGAUAUCAAGUCGUGUAAACCUCCCAUCGAUCAUAUCUGCGAAUUGCUGCCCCGUUUACAGCCACGCUACUAUUCGAUAUCGUCAUCGUCCAAAUUGCAUCCGACUACUGUACAUGUGACAGCCGUUCUAGUUAAAUACGAAACGCCAACCGGUCGCAUUAACAAAGGCGUUGCCACAACCUUCCUAGCGGAAAAGCGUCCGACGGAUGGUGCCGAUCCGCCACGAGUGCCAAUUUUCAUUCGAAAGAGUCAAUUCCGAUUGCCCACACGCGUCGAAACGCCAGUUAUUAUGAUCGGUCCGGGCACUGGGCUCGCUCCGUUCAGAGGAUUCAUACAGGAAAGAGAUUUAAGUCGCAAAGAUAAUCAAUCGGUCGGCGAUACGAUUCUGUAUUUCGGUUGCAGGAAGAAGGCCGAAGAUUUUAUUUAUGGCGAGGAACUUGAAGACUAUGUGAAGAAGGGAACCUUAAAUUUGCGAGUUGCUUUUUCUAGAGAUCAAGCCCAUAAAGUCUACGUAACGAAUUUGCUGCAAGACGAUGCUGAUCUGGUAUGGCAAAUUGUUGGCGAGAAAAACGGACACGUUUACAUUUGCGGUGAUGCAAAGAACAUGGCAACCGAUGUGAGGAACAUUCUGAUGAAUAUCAUCAAAACGAAAGGAAAUAUGUCGGACAGCGACGCUCAACAAUAUCUGAAAAAAAUGGAUGCACAAAAGCGUUACUCGGCUGAUGUUUGGAGUUAAUCGAAUCGUGGUCGCAUUUUUAUUUCGGUUUCGUUGCGACACACAGACACAUCCACACACACAAAAAAAAUGGUCGUUUUCUUUUCUAAAUCAAUUUCCUGAUCAAAUAUAUUGAAGUCAGUUAGUGGAAUCGAACAACAAACAGACAUUUUUGUUUAAAUUUUCGCUGAAAAAACAUUUGCUGCUAGCUAAAUUCAAUCCAAAACAAAAAAUUUAAACUAAUUUUACAGAAACGCACUGUUAAAUUAUUAUUCUUAUAUAAUCGAGUCAUAGCCUAGAGAUGAAUGUGAAUUGGAUAUAAUAUUGUGUUGAUAACGUGAAAAGUGUCGCAUAAUUUUCGCCUAACACAAUGGAUUUGUGUGGGAUGUAGUGCCUUUUCAAUUUUUUAAAAUUUGUCGAUAAAUUUGAAAUUUAGUUGGAUCUGUUUGGGCUGCACAACACUUUGAAUUAUUAUUAAAAAAAAA